AAGUACCCAUUCUGCCCGUGUUUAAGCUACCAAGUUCACUUUUGCCUUCUGGGCGUAGCCUCGACAUUUCCCUUCUCUCUCUUCUCCUCUCUUCAGAUCGCGAAAUACUCGUUCGAAAAUUCUGGUUUUUUAAAAACAAGAUUUGUAAACCAUAGAUCUGUUGAAGUUAUCAAAUUUGAUUAAUCAUAAAGACGACGAAAUCAAAGGAGAAGUGUGUACCUAAUUUGCUCUGGGAUUCAGGGUUAGCUGUUUGGAAAAUGAAAGUAAGAAGGAGUUGGUUUUGACUUAGAAUUACUAGAUUUUGGGGUUUGAUUUGCUUAGAUUAUAGUUGGAGGAUUUGAUGGUUCACGUUUGGGCUGAAGGAUUUGAGAUUGAAAUUGAUAAUAAUAGAGGUGAAAAUGAUGCAAGAGAAUUAUUAUGCAUGGGCGAGAAGGUGGUGAAGUUAUUAGGAACCCUAUACGGCAUAUGUGGUCGGUCCUCAAUCUGGGUAAUAAGAUUGUAGCUGCUGAUUCUUCAAUACCUAAUUCUUUCUCUGAAUUUUUUUGCCAGGAUGGUCGCAAGGUUACUGUAGGUGAUUGUGCACUUUUCAAACCCCACCAAGAAGGCUCCCCACCGUUUAUAGGAAUAAUUCGCAGUUUAACAUCAGAAGUAGAAGAACAUUCAAAGUUCCGUGUGAAUUGGCUUUAUCGACCUGUUGAUGUAAACCCCGGGAAAGGCGUCUUGCUGGAAGCCGCUCCCAAUGAAGUUUUCUACUCAUUUCAUGAGGAUAAAAUACCUACUGCAUCGUUACUCCAUCCUUGUAAAGUUGCAUUCCUUCGUAAAGGUGUUGAACUUCCUUCAGGGAUAUCCUCAUUUGUUUGCAGGCGAGUAUAUGAUACUACAAACAAUCGUUUAUGGUGGCUAACCGAUCAAGAUUACAUUAAUGAACGACAGGAAGAAGUAGAUAAGUUACUGGAUAAAACACGUAUAGAAAUGCAUGCAGCUGUACAAUCGGGAGGACGUUCUCCAAAACCUUUGAAUGUUUCUACCACAGCACAGCAGUUGAAACCUGGUUCUGAUAGUAUACAGAAUAGUCCUAGCACAUUACCUUCUCAAAUUAAGGGGAAGAAAAGGGAGCGUAGUGAUCAGAGUUCUGAACCGGUUAAACGAGAACGUUAUACGAAGUCAGAAGACGGAGAUUCUGGCCAGUUUAUUGGGAAAUCAGAGAUCUCUAAGAUAGCAGUGAAAGGAGGUCUUGUAGACUUUAAAGGGGUUGAAAAGCUGGUGCAACUCCUGCAACAUAACAGUACCGAGAAGAAGCUAGAGUUGGGUGGCCGAAUAAUGGCAGCGGAGGUCAUAGGAGCCACUGAAAGGAAUGAUUGCCUUGGGCAGUUUGUGCAUCUCAACGGACUGGCUGUAUUGGAUGAGUGGCUCCGUGAAAUGAAAGAGCGUGAUGGUAGUAGUCCCAAAGAAAGUGAUAAACAGGCUGAAGAUUUUCUUUUGGCUGUGCUUCGCGCACUUGACAAGCUUCCUGUUGAUCUUCAUGCUCUUCAGAAUUGUAAUGUUGGUAGGUCUGUGAAUCAUUUACGUACUCAUAAAAAUUUGGAAAUACAAAGGAAAUCGAAGAGCUUAGUUGACACGUGGAAGAAACGUGUUGAAGCAGAAAUGAAGAUAAUCGAAUUGAAGUCAGGAGCGGCUCGGGCAGCUUCUUCUCCGAGUAAGCAAUGCAUCUCUGAUAUUUCUCAUGCAGGAAGCAGACGUACGGGGGUGUCCUCUGAGGGUCUUGCGAAGAGCUCCGUGUCACAACCUUCUGCAACAAAAGCAGCAUCACUUAAGCUUGGCCAAGGAGAUGGUGCUACCAAGACAUCCCCCGGGUCUGUGAAAUCAUCAGUACCAUUGCUGCCAUCAAUGGCAAGUUCAAAAGAUUUAAAUGGAAAGUCCCUGCACAAAACUGCUACUCCUGAUCCGCCAGUAACCGUUAAGGAGGAGAAGAGUAGUGGAUCCAGUCAAUCACUGAACAACAGCCAGUCUUCAUGGAAGGAGGAUGCUAGGAGCUCCACUGCUGGUUCUGAGAGCGUUAGUAAGACAUCUGGCAGUGCAUCUCGCCAUCGGAAAUCAGCCAAUGGUUUUCCGGGAUCAGUUGUAACCGGAGUUCAGAAGGAAACUUCUAACAGAUGUGGCUCCGGGAAUAGGAAUUCUACAUCAGAGAAGGCUUCACAGUCGGGGUUGACUUGUGAAAAAACUCCUGAUGUGCCUGCUGUUGAUCAUGGAAGCCACAGAAUUAUUGUCAGGCUUCCAAAUCCUGGGCGCAGUCCUGCACGGAGUGUAAGCGUCUCCUCAUUUGAUGACCCUCCUGUAUUGGUGAGCAGAGUUUCUUCUCCCGGAGUCCCUGAAAGUAAUGACCAAUCCGAUCAAAAAGUAAAAGUAAAGAGUGAUGCUUCUCGAGUUGGUGUUGCUCCUGAUGUGACUACGGAAUCAUGGCAGAGCAAUGAUGUGAAAGAUGGAUUGGUGGGGUCUGAUGUAGGUAACGGAUCAGCUGAUAGCAUUAUUGGUGAAGAGUCAGGAAAGUUGUCAGAAGCUUCCAAAGUUAUUUGCUUAUCAUCGGAACAGGAGCAGGGAGUUUCAGUUGGUGAACCUAAGCAAGAAAAGUUGAAGGAAGCUUCCCUCAGCUCUAUAAAUGCGUUAGUUGAGAGCUGUGUCAAAGCUAGUGCGUCUAUCUGUGGCGGGGAUGAUAUUGGCAUGAAUCUGCUUGCAAGUGUUGCUGCUGGAGAGAUGUCCAAGUCAGAGCAGGUUUCACCAAUUAGUUCUCCUAAGAAAAGCAUAGGUGCUGGGCCGGAAUGUGUGGCAGAUGAUCCGAAGUUAAGGUUAUCUUGUGAAGAUGGGACAGGUAGAGUGGAAACAAAACCUGAAGCUAGUGUAGAGAAGCAGGUCGCAUCUGUUGAUACAUUGAAAGCUAAGGCCAAAAUCCGAGAUGAUAAAAUUCCAGCUACGCUGGUUUCCGAAGAAAAAACAAAAGGGGAGCAGCUCCAAGGUCCUGGUAUCAGUUUGCAACAAAUGACCGACCCAUGCUUAAAGUCCGAUGGGAAACCGGAUGAAGCAGUACCCGCUUCUGUGGCUAAGCAUGAAGGGAUUGAGCAACCUUGUGAAAAGAGAACAGGUGUUGGUGGCUGCAAAGAUGAAAAUGUCCUGGAUCGUACUCAGAAGUUCCGAAGUUUGUCAUUUGAUCAAACUAGCAAGCUUGACCAUACUGAUGGAAACAAUGUGGAUGCAAGGACAGGCUCAUCAGGUUUCGGUGCAAAAGUUGUGAAAGAAGCUGCUGUUGACUCUCCAUUUUCUCCAUCUUUAGAUAUGACUGUACAGAGCAAGGACCAAGAAGGGUCAAAUGGUGAAGUCGGAACAAAGAAGAAAAUGGCGUCUGGUGUUGAUAUCCAUGAAUUAGGUGAGAAUAACUUGAAGGAAACUCUGCCUUCAGAAAAUGUUUUGCAUUUAGAGAACAGUGCGGAGUUGAAGACUGUAAGGGCUGUUGGUAUGGAGGCCAAAACGCAUAUCGGGCAUACUGAAUAUCAAAGAAUGGAGCAGACAAGUACAGAUCAUUCAGCUCAUGAUAAUCAAAUUUCAGGCACUGCUGGCUCAAUUGUUAUGGGUUACACUGGUGUGAACGGAGAUAAUUCCGAUAUAAGAGUAGGAGUUGGUGGCCGUUCGAGAGUAUCUGCUCCCGAUGAAGAACUUCCAUCAGUGUCAGUUCAAGGGACUGAGGUAUGUGCAAAGCCUACUGAAGCAGAAGAGUUGGAAGAAUGUGCAUCCACAACAGGAGGUUCCUCCUUGUAUGCCGCAGCAGGAUCAGACACAGCCACAAAAUUGGAUUUUGAUUUGAAUGAAGGCAUCCUUUUGGAUGAAGGGAACCAGGGAUAUGUUACCCCCAUACCUGUAGAUACACCUGCUCCUAACUUACCUAGUACUCUGCAGUUUUGUCUUCCUUCCAUGUCGUGCAGUCUCCCUGCUUCGAUCACAGUAGCAGCUGCUGCCAAAGGUGGGUUUUUGCCAUCAAUUGAAAAACUAUCGAGAAGUAAAGGGGAAAUUGGUUGGAAAGGAUCUGCUGCCACAAGUGCAUUUAGGCGUGCUGAACCUAGAAAAGUUCUGGAGAUGUCUCUUUGUGCAGCAGAUGUACCUCAGAUCUACAGUGCUGUCAAACAGGAUCUCCAUCAAUUGAAUUUUGACCUGAAUGUGGCAGAUGAGAGAGUUCUCGAGGACACUGGUUCACGGAGCUACUCACAUGGAAGGCGCAAGGAAUCUGGGUUUAUUAACCAUCGCAAUUUAGGUCGCAGUGAGAUGUUUGGUCCUUCUGCACCUAGUCGUAGUGCUUUUGCAGGUUUGGAUCUUGAUUUGAAUAGGGUUGAUGAAGACACUGAUAUCUCGCCAUUUUCUGUGACUAGUAGUAGAAGAUUAGAGGUGCCUCUGUUGCCCGUUAGAUCAUCAUCAUCAUCUGGGACGCAUUCGAAUGGUGAGGUCAAUGUCCUGAGGGACUUUGAUCUGAAUAAUGGUCCCGGGGUUGAUGAGUUAAGUGCAGAACCAACUGUAGUUAGACAGCAUGCGAAGGGCAAUCUACCAUUCCUAGCACCUGCUGGUCAAAGAACGAGCAAUGUGGAGAUGGUGGGUCUCUCGUCAUGGUUCCCGAUGGGAAAUUCUUAUCCAGCCGUUGCUGUCCCAUCGAUCUUGCCUGAAAGAGGAGAGCAGCAUUACCCAGUUGUUUCUGCAGCGGGUACGCGGAGGAUCUUAGGACCUUCAGCAGGUGGGACCAACUUUGGACUUGAUGUGUACAGAGGUCCUCCUGUUCUAGCUUCUUCUCCUGCAGUAGCGUAUUCCCCUGCCACUGCAUACCAAUAUCCGGGGUUCCCGUUUGGAACCAGUUUUGCUCUUCCUUCGACCUCGUUUUCAGGUGGAUCCGCUACAUAUUUAGAUUCUUCAGCUGGCGCAGGGCUUGGGUCCGCUGCAGUUCCAUCACAGUUACUAGGACCUCCUACAGCUGGUCAUUACCAUAGGCCGUAUGUGAUAAGUGUUCCCGAGGGUAGUUCUAAUGCAGGCGGUGGGCCUGAGAGUAGCAAUAGUAGUAGAAAAUGGGGAACACAAGGUGGUCUAGAUCUGAAUGCUGGUCCUGGAGGUUCAGACAUGGAAGUAGGGAGAGAAGAUAGGUAUCCUUCAGCUGCUUCAAGGCAACAACCAGUUGCUAUUAGUUCUCAGGCUUUCUUAACAGAGGAGCAAGGAAGAAUGUACUAUAACCAUCAGGCUGCAGCUGCUGUAGCUGCUCUGAAAAGGAAAGAACCCGAAGGUGGGUGGGACGCGGAGAGAUUUAGCUACAAGCAGCAACAACAGCAGCAGCAGCCACCCUCUUCGUGGCAACAGCAACAGUAGAUGGAAAUGGUUUGCAGGAAGAACCAAUCCUGUGAUGUGAAGAAGGUAGGAAGGACCUUGUUAUACAAGUCUAGGACUUCUUUUUGUUACAAGCCAUUCAUGAGAAUGUUAAUAGAAAUGUUGAUUAAAGGAAAAAGAAAAUCCAAAAGAAAAAAAGAAAAGGUUUGUUGCUCGUCAUUAUGUUAGUUAUUCUCAGUCAUCAAUGGUCGAGUGAGGCACUUUCAUAUAUAGCCCCCCCUCCAAAGCAUGUGUGUUGUCCUUGUAGUCCUACCAUUUUCUCAACGCUUCUAUUUCUUUUUUCUUUUAAGGUAAAACAUUUUACCUCCAUCACUUGGAUGUUUGAUUCAGUGUUUGUGGAGGAUUUUUUCUUGUAGUUAAAAUUUAUUCGAUGCCCUUGUAAUUCCUGUAAAUUGUUACACCUUGAAAUGAUUUUCAUGCCUUUCCUAUUGUGCA